AGCUAAAAUAUUUUAAUAAAAUGAUUAGGAAAAUAUUAUGAGAGUAAAAUUAAAAUAUUAGUAAAUUAUCCUAAGUAGUUCCACUUUGCCUUUUUAAAGGGUUUCCAUGUUUUAAUGAAAAAAUGAGAAAGUUACAUGUUAGCAUUUUCGAGUGACAUGACAUUUUGCUAUUUUAUAUAUUUUCAUUUUUCUGUACAAUAAUAUAUAUAAACGUUACAUAUUUUUAUAUAUUUGUUCAUCUCGUGCGCGUGUUGAUCAAGAUGGGGAUCUUUUUAAAGUUAAAUAAAAGCGUUUAUGCGAACUGUAAAUCGUAUGUGUAUAAGAGUAGUGGACAUUCGCUACUCGAUAACAUUUUUGACGCCUACUGGAACCUUUGCAUCAAGUUGGUCCCCAAGUCAGUAACAGCUAAUUUUUUGACACUCCUAGGGUUCUUAUGCUCCACGGUGGCUUUUUUUCUCAUGUACCUUUUUGAUCUGUCCAACAAGAAAAAUGAUUACAUAUACUUAUACAUAGCGUUAUUUUUGUUCCUGUACCAAACAUUCGAUGCGCUGGACGGAAAACAAGCAAGAAGAACAAACACGAGUUCCCCUCUGGGGCAGCUGUUUGACCAUGGAUGUGACUCCAUAACAUCGUCAUUGUUCAUUUUUAUUGUGGGAAAAGGGGCGAGCAUUCCAAAGGGAUUACUUUUCUUUGCCCUAUUGUCCGGAGUCCAAUUGCAAACAUUCAUUUUUUCUUGGAUGGAGCAUUAUACGAAAGUGUACAACACGUCCAUGGGCUCCAUGGGAAUCACAGAAUCGCAUGUCAUGGUCAUAUCGGUGUGCAUUUUUCGCGGAUUAAAAGGAGCGGGACUAUUUGAGCAGACAACACUGAAGGAUUUAUUACCAGUGAAAUUUCGCGCGAUUCUGUGGAAAGCUGCCUUAAACAUAAAACUCACCCACAUCAUUGUAAUCCCGGCGUUCUUUUUCCUUAUACUCACCAUCUCGAGAAGCAUCUACAUGGGAUUGCAGACGGCUAAGAAAAAGAAAAAAGAAGCCACAUUCCAAUUGGUGAUCUUCUACAUGUUUGUGUUGUUGCAGUACUACUUUUACCAAUCAACAUUAACGGCCAAAAAUGAACUCCUUUGCUACACAGUGAUAGCACUAUACUCGGCCUUCUACACCCUGCACAUGAAUAUGUCCACAGUAUUAAAGACCAAAAUGGACUCCUUCCCUAUCCCCAUCAUCUUCUACUACCUUUGCAUUACUUUGCUAUUUAUUAAGCGCAGAGUCAACCAUCACAUUUUAAAAAUGGCCGUUUUUAACGAAACAUACAUAUUAUACUACAUGAUGGUAUUUGGCUUCGUUUACUUGUUUGAUUAUGCGUACACCAUAAUAGGAAACAUUUGCAAAGAGCUCAACAUCACCUUCUUGUUCAACAAGAAGAAAAAAAAAUGA